AUGGUACAGCACAUUGGAGAAUCAGGAGAUUCCCGCAAUGAUAUUCAGCAGAGAGGAUGUAAGCACAGAUUGGAAGAUAAACACAUGGCUUUGCGUGAUCGUAACGUAGUCGAAUUUGAAGUCAACCAUUUCUCAGAUGAUGUUGUCGCGAUAGCUGGAGACAACGCAGGGGAUGGAAAGUACCAUCUUCUUAAUGAUGUCUACAUACAAAAAGAUACAGCUACCAUUGUCUCUGUUUUUCUUUGUGACGUUAAAACCCAGAAUGAAGUGUCACAAAUUCUAGCAAAAAAGAAUUUUGUACAGCUCAUACGAAUCGGUAAGAAAUUCACAGCGAAAGUUGGAUCAGAGAUGAAAAUCAAUCUCAUUUGUGAAGAACCGCAAGAAGCAGAAGUAGUCUGCUAUGACGAUACAUCAUUCAGAGUCACAAAAGAAGUUCUAGAUAAUCUUCGUCAUGAAAUUUAUUUGAAGAUGAGACCGAGACCACAACAAUCUGGAAUCAUUGACAUAGAAUAUUCCCUGAAGAUAGACAACGCUGAAAAGGUUCUACCCCUGACAACUACGUGGCCAAUUCUUGAUAUACCAGUUCCUGAAGCUAAACCGACCAAUGUGUACAAUAUUGCCGCCAAUGUGAUCAGUGCUGGAAAUGCAACAACCAACAUCUCCAACCAAAGUUCCGUACAGAUUGCCAAAACUUCAACACCAGAAGAUUCCAGUCAAGAAGGCAGUUUGAUGUGUCUUGAGUGACGUGGAGCU